AUGAUGCAGAACAUCCACCUACUCUUUGCGCGAGGCGAUGGCGACAAAGACAGUGAAGGCAUGUCUGGACCUAUGGUUGACCUGUUGAUCUCUCUUUUGGUCUUGGUCCUACUUGGUAUUGCCCUUGUUGGCGGCCUCCUUAUUCUACGUCGCAGACGCUUGAACCGCCAACAGCCUGAGCUCCCGGUGCACAAUGGUCAAUGCUCGACCCACCACCGUAGCCUCACGAUCACCGCGCCACCCUACGCAAAGACCGAAUCCGUGUUUGUGAUUGAUGAGAAGCGCAACUUAAUGGAGAACUCCUCAAGUCCGCCUCCCAGCCCUGUACCUGAGAUUCGCAUCACAUUUCCCGAGGAAGAGGACGAGUCUGGAAAGCGCAAGUCUGGCAGGGUCGUGGUAGUACGAAUCAGCGAAGCUGGAAGUGUUGGGCUUGAACCAUACAAUGAUCAGCUCCCACCCUACCAGACGAGUGAUGCAGAACGUUUCCAGUCCCUCGACAUUGAGCGCAUGGGCGGUUUAAAAGAAAAGGAUGACGCAAAGCGAUGGGGCUAA